AUGUUGUCCAAUAGUAUUAGAUUGGUAUCCAAUCAGUUUGUGGCUAGAUCAUCAAUGAUGAUGACGAUGACACCAAAGUUCACAAGGUCAAUGGCUAGUUGUUGUGGUGGUGGUGCCAAGACACCAGCUAUGCCUCCUUCAGCAUCGGAAAUUGAGUUGGAUGACUUCUUCAAACUUGAUCUUCGUAUGGCACGUGUCACCAAGGCCGAGCACGUCGAAGGAGCCAAGAAGUUGUUAAAGUUGACCCUUGACCUUGGUCCCAAGAAGCAGGUACCAGUUCAGGCCACCACAGAUGCAACUACCGCCACACCAGGCACAGCCACAGCAACAACAACUACUGCACCAAUACAAGAGUCGACAUCAACAACAAAACCACAACCACAGCAACAAGAGAGAGAUAUUAGGACAGUGUUCAGUGGAGUUAAGCAACACUAUCAACCCGAGGAGUUGGAAGGCAAGAAUUUGAUUGUCGUCGCCAAUCUGAAGCCAAAGAAGACAAAGUUUGGCAUGUCCGAGGCAAUGGUAUUGUUUGCCAGUGAUGAGGAUUCCAAGAAUGUACUAUACACCACUGUUGUCGAUGACAGGGUACAACCAGGAUUCAAAGUACUCUAG